GCCGCCUUCGGGGGCCGCAGGACAGCGAGGCGCAUGCGCAGAGCCGCUAAGCCGUCCUCUAUGGGUCUCUCACCCGCUGGGCUUCCUAAAAUAAUACCCCGCUCACGCCCCCUCGAGACUCGCUCGCGUCCCCGCCCUCUUUGCCUGGCUUUCUCCAUCCUUCACUCCACACAGUUGCUUUACCUUUGUAAAGGGUAGGCCCCGUGCCAGUCGCCGGCGGGACGGCGGGAAGCACGUUGGUUGCCUUCACGCGGCACGCAGUCCCGGGAGAAGAGGCGACAUUGCUCGGGUGACGACUCGUUCGUUAGCACUCAGUGGUGUGGGCUGGUCAAGUACGCAGAGCGCUAAGCACCAGGCGCCGGCGUAGUUCGGGAGGGCAGGGAGCCCUCCAUGAGGAAGCGAAGUUGAGGCUGAGGCUUAAAGGUUGGCUCAAAUAACUAUUGAUGGCCAUGCAGGAGAAAUACCCAAGUGAGAGGAUCUCUCAUGUGACUUCACCAGGUUCCGGUGUAAUUCAAAAGGGCAGUUCCCUGGGGACUGAAUGGCAGACCCCAGUUAUCUCAGAGGCUUUUCGGAGUCGCUUCAGCCGCUGUUCAAGUGUAGCUGACAGUGGGGACACAGCCAUUGGCACAUCAUGCUCAGACAUUGCAGAGGAUUUUUGUAGCUCAAGUAGCAGCCCUCCUUUCCAGCCCAUCAAAAGCCACGUAACCAUUCCAACAGCCCAUGUGAUACCUUCUACUUUGGGGACCUCUCCUGCCAAGCCAAAUUCUAUACCUUCUGGACCCUCUUCCUCCAAACUCCCUUUAUCAGGGCUGGCUGAAGGUGUGGGGAUGACAAGAAAUGGAGACCUUGGUGCAAUGAAACGUUCUCCAGGCCUAUCUAGAGAUUUCAUGUAUCUCUGUGGUGCUACCGGAGAAAAUGGAAUUGAGCAGUCCUGGUUUCCAGCAGUGGGCCAUGAAAGAGAAGAAGAGGUGAGGAAGUUUGAUAUUCCCAGUAUGGAGUCUACCCUUAAUCAGUCGGCAGUGAUGGAGACAUUUUAUUCAGAUCCCCACUACCAAGUCCACUUCCACAACCCAAGAGCCGACACAAACAAGGAGUUAUACAAAGUGUUGCCUGAGACCAAGAAGGCACCGGGCAGUGGGGUGGUAUGUGAGCGGAAUGGACCUCACCCUAACAGCAGUGGAGUGCUCCCUUUGGGACUCCAGCCUGCUCCUGGCUUCUCCAAGCCUAUACCCUCUCAGGUAUGGCAGCCGAACCCUGACCCUUGGCAUCCCCGUGAGCGAUCUUGUGAGCUCAGCACGUGUCGACAGCAGCUGGAGUUGAUCCGUUUACAGAUGGAGCAAAUGCAGCUUCAGAAUGGAGCCGUCUGCCACCAUCCCGCUGCUUUUGCUCCUCCACUGCCCACAUUAGAACCAGCACAAUGGAUCAGCAUCUUGAACAGUAAUGAACACCUUCUGAAGGAAAAGGAGCUCCUCAUUGACAAGCAAAGGAAGCACAUUUCUCAGCUGGAGCAGAAAGUACGAGAGAGUGAACUACAAGUCCACAGUGCCCUUUUGGGCCGCCCUGCCCCCUUCGGGGAUGUCUGCUUGCUGAGGCUGCAGGAAUUGCAGCGAGAGAACACUUUCUUACGUGCGCAGUUUGCACAGAAGACAGAAGCCCUAAGCAAAGAAAAGAUGGAGCUUGAAAAGAAACUCUCUGCUUCAGAAGUUGAAAUCCAGCUCAUCAGAGAAUCACUCAAAGUGGCAUUGCAGAAGCACUCAGAGGAGGGGAAGAAACAGGAAGAAAGGGUCAAGGGUCGUGAUAAACAUAUCAAUAAUUUGAAAAAGAAAUGUCAGAAGGAGUCAGAGCAGAACCGGGAGAAGCAGCAGCGUAUUGAGACCUUGGAGCGUUACCUGGCUGACCUGCCCACCCUGGAAGAUCAUCAGAAGCAGAGCCAGCAGCUUAAGGAUUCUGAAUUGAAGAGUACAGAGCUGCAGGAGAGAGUAACCGAGCUGGAGAGUUUGCUGGAGGAAACCCAGGCAGCCUGCAGAGAGAAGGAGGGUCAACUGGAAAGCCUGAGACAGAGAGGAGCAGAAUUCUCCAGUAGACAUAGCCUGCAAGAUAAGCAGUGUGUGGAGGAGGCCAGUGGAGAAGGUCCAGCCCAACAGGGAGAAGGUCCAAAAGUGGAAAUGGAGUCCUGGCAGAAAGAAUGUGAUUCCCUCCGAAAGAUUGUGGAGAAGCAACAACAGAAGAUGGAUCAGCUGCGUUCACAAGUACAGAGCCUAGAGCAGGAGGUGGCUCAGGAAGAAGGAGCAAGCCAGGCCCUGAAAGAGGAGGCCCAGCGGAGGGAGACAGCCCUGCAGCAGCUUCGCACAGCCGUGAAAGAGCUUUCAGUACAGAACCAGGACCUGAUCGAGAAGAAUCUGACACUCCAGGAACACCUGCGUCAAGCCCAACCAGGGUCUCCAUCUUCACCAGAUACAGCCCAGCUGGCAUUUGAACUGCACCAGGAGUUGGCCAGUUGCCUUCAAGAUCUGCAGGCUGUCUGUAGCAUUGUGACCCAGAGGGCCCAGGGCCAUGACCCCAAUCUCUCCCUGCUCCUGGGCAUUCACUCUGCACAGCACCCAGGGAUUCAACUAGAUUUGCAGAAGCCAGAUGUGAUCAGGAGGAAACUAGAAGAGGUUCAACAGCUGCGCCGUGACAUCGAGGACUUAAGGACCACCAUGUCAGACAGAUAUGCCCAGGAUAUGGGAGAAAACUGUGUCACUCAGUGAGGAAUGCUGGGGGUGGCAUAGACUCCGUUCCCCCAGGGAAGAUCUGGUCUGCUGAGAGCCCAGUCUUGCAGGUCCUGCCCUGACAAUCUCUUGCCUCCUAUUUGCUGCUAUUCCCAGAGAGAAGGGAUGGAGGGGGGUAAGAACCUGCAUCUGGGGCCAAGGGCUGAUUAAGGAACUGUGCCUGCCCUGCCCCACACUGGCUUUGCCUUGUUGGAUUGCAUUUGUCCUGUCAUACUGAUUUACCCUUUGAGGGUGAGUUACUAAUUAACUUUUGCAGGUUAACUGGUAAGUCCUCACAGACUGUUCCCAGCCCCAGGCUGACGUCAAAGGUAAACAGGCUGCUCACUUCCCUUUUCCGUCCUCUGGAUGGAUCCACGUUCAUUCCCACUCCAUACUUUGGUCCUGCUGAUGUCCACUGGAAAGGCUGAGUACCAGUCACAGUGGCCAUGUGAGAAUUCUCAGACCAGUCGGCUAGCCUGCCUGGGAUCUAAGUUGGCUUUCGGGGUAUUCUUUGGCCUGGUCCCACUGCUGCUUCCUCAGGACUCUUGUUCUCACAGAUGCCUCAGGGUGAUCUGUUUAUUAGCAAAGCACCCACUAGAAUUGGCCUAGGGAUUGUAUCCAGGUCUCCUUAAUCUGAGCUGUCAUGCCAUUUUGCAGGAUACCCCAUUCUCCAGCUGCUCUGUCCCAUGGGGCCCUGGCCAUGUGGUUAGCACAGCUCCCUUCUCCUUUGUUCUCAGGCCAUCCAGGUAGCCCCCUUGUAAACUCUUCUCUAUGGUUCUGGGUUUGGGCAGGAUUUUCCCUCAUAUUGCCACAGGGCAACUGUCAAGUUACUCACCUCCUCCUCCUGGGGCUGAGGCCAGAGCCCAGUCCUGAUUUGUGCCUCUCUUUUGUUUAGGGGCAGGGUCCUUUCCCUUUAUUGCUCUGGGGCCCCUUUGAAAGUUCAGAGUACCCGGUAUAGCUUGGCUCUAAGUUCUAGCUUUCCGUAUUUGCUGGGUUUUGUUUCUCUGGGGCCUUUGGGGACCCUGUGCUUUUUAUUUUCUCUUGCCUUCUCAUGUAUGGAGCAUCUCAGAACACAAUUGUUUGUAUCCGGUUGUUGGGCUGGCCCCAGGCCUCCUCUAGAUCUGGAGCCAGGCCAAGCCAAGGCUUUGUAAGGGUAUGGAGGAGCACUGAGCAGUUCAGAAGCCAGCCACUGAGUUUGUUGCUAAGCUUUGAGCUGUCAGAGAAGCAUCCUGGACCUCAUUCUUGGGUCUGAAUGAGACUCGUUAAGUGUUUUUACAAUUUUGUGUCUUAUUUAUGGAGUGAUGUAUCCCUUCCAUUCAGAGCAGCCCCACCCAGCCAUCCCCUCAGCCUCUGGGCUCCUUCCUGCCUCCUAAAAGCAGAGCUGCCUGGUUGGUCUCCACCCUGUGUUGGGAGCCCAGCCACCAUGCUCACGGGUAUUUUUCCUCAAAGUUUAUAAGCAGUUAUUUAUAUGAAUCCUUGUUAUGUCAACUGGUUUGUAUUGCCUAUUUUGAUUACAAAAUAAAAUAUUUAACAAACUCCUCAGUUUUCUAUCACCAUUAUCACCAUCCCUUACUCCACCCCUCAUUUUGCCUUAUUGGAACCAAGGCCCGGGUGUUUAGCCAAGUUCCCCAGACAGCAGCAAGGAGGGACCUUUGGCAGGUCCAGGCUCUCAUCUGUGUUUCUACCACUUCCGCUCCUCUGGUGUUCUCUAUGGGGACAAAUAAGAUCUCUUCUGACACUACUUUCUAUUGGGUGAAGCUGCCCUGAGUCAUUGAGCAAGUCUGUCGUUGGAAAGAGUUUCAGUAAGUCUCUGAGAGGAAGUCUGCUUCUAGGUUGCUGUGAGGAAGUGGCUUCCCUGGAGCCAGGCAGGGCCCUGUUUGCCUCACGGAGCUAAAGUGGUCUUUCUGGGCUGCUAUUUGAGCCCUGGGGUGGGGUGGGGGGCCUGUGAGGGCAGUCCUGGCCAACCCCAGACAGACAGCUGAGCCCAAUUUGGGCUGAUGAGUCUCUCAACCCCCUGGAUUUUUUCUGGGAGCAGGAGCAGCUUUAGAAUGCCAUCUGGGGUUGGAGUUGAGCUAGGGCCACCCUGAGACCAGCUGUGGAUCUUGAACAAGGGCGGGCCGGGCUCCCCGGAGUCCCGACCAACUGCUGCCUCCACCCGUUCUAGAGCUAGCAAACUCUUACCUUGGCCUCCAUCUGGUGCCUUGAGGGUGUGGCCCUGUCUCCGGCCACCACCCUUCCUUGUCUAGACUUGCCUGAGUAGAGAGGAACUUGUGGGGAAAUCUCCCAGCAGGGGCUGUCCCUGCUUUGGUGUGCCAUGGGGUUAGCCAUGUAUGAGUGUCACCCGGGGACUGUGGGAAGGGGUCCCUUGGAGCAAGAUUCCCUAGCCAAGGAACUGUAGGUUUCAAAACAGCCCAAGCCUUCAAAGCUCCAGCUGCGCCGUGCUAUCGUGGCACUGAGGGUGGGUAGCUGGGUGCAGUAAACCCGGGCGACGCUGAAAAGGCCUUUGCCAAGCCGUCACCCAGGCCCUCCCUGGCCUUUCCGGCCACCAGCCCCCUCCCCCCACCUCACGCUGAACCCCAGAUCAGGGAAGGCGCGGGAGGGGGACGGCCUCGCGCAGCACUAGGGUCCUCGGCGCGCCCCGUCACUGAGGGGGAGGGGAGGGGGCAGCGGCGCGCGGGGCGGGGUCGCUCAGGCUCCGCCCCGGCCGCACGCCUGCCCGCGCCGCCCAUUGGUCCUGAGAGCGGUGACUCGCGGGCAGAGCAGGAAGGAAACCGCUCCCGAGCGCGGCGGCGUCGUCUCCAGGCCGUGCGGCUGCCGCUACAGCCAGCCAUCCGUCCGCUUGUCGGCUUGCCAGUCCACCCGCAGCAUGAGCGGCCUGCGCGUCUACAGCACGUCGGUCACCGGCUCCCGCGAAGACUAUGAGCUUUUCGUGGAGGCUGUGGAACAAAACACACUGCAGGAGUUCCUGAAACUGGCCUGAGCCCACUGGACUCCAUCACCACGUCCCCCCGCAGCCACCGCCGGCCAUGAAGGACCUUGUGACCAACUCCCUGUCAUUCCUAGCCUUCCGACCUUAGAAUCUCUCCCCGCAACCCAAGCCCCCCUCCUCCCCCUCUCUAAUUUAGCCCCCUCUUCUCCAUUCAAAGGCAACAUUCCUUACCCACUAGUCUCAGAAAUUGUCUUAAGCAACAGCCCAAGUGCUGGCUGUUGUCAGCCAGGCCCUGAGGCUGCCACCCUGCCUGGCACUGGCUGAUGGGCACCUUUGUGGGUUCCAUUAGCCAGGGCUCUGCCAAAGGCCCCGCAUUCCUUGUCCCCUAGAGACAAUUAAAUGUCCCAUUCCACUGA